AUGGCGAACUCCAGCGAGCUGGGCAGCAGCAGCAGCAGCCCCCACCUGCCCAGCCCCGGCAGCCUCCUGGGCGCCUCUGGCCUGAAGCUGGCCUCCCUGGGCUUCAUCCUUUGCCUCAGCCUUGCUGGCAACCUGCUGUUUGCUUGGCUCAUCCUCAAGGACCGCCAAUUGCACAGGGCCCCUUACUACUUGCUCCUGGACCUGUGCCUGGCAGAUGGCUUGCGCUCCCUGGCCUGCUUCCCCUUCGUCAUGCUUUCGGUGCACAGUGGGGCGGGCUUCUGGCCCCAUGGGCUGCUCAGUUGCAAAGUGCUGGCUUUCCUGUCGGUGCUGUUCUGCUUCCACGCCGCCUUUCUGCUCUUCUGCGUGGGGGUGACGCGCUACAUGGCCAUUGCCCAUCACCGCUUCUAUGCCAAGCGCAUGACUGGCUGGACCUGUUUGGCCGUGGUGUUCAUGGUCUGGACGCUCUCCAUGGCCAUGGCCUUCCCCCCUGUCUUUGACGUCGGCACUUACAAGUUCAUCCGUGAGGAGGAGCAGUGCAUCUUUGAGCACCGUUACGUCAAGGCCAAUGACACCCUGGGUUUCAUGCUCAUGCUUGCUACCGUCAUGGUGGCCACCCAUCUGGUUUACAUCAAGCUCCUCUUCUUCAUUCAUAGCCACCGCAAAAUGAAGCCGGCCCAAUUGGUACCAGCCAUUAGCCAGAAUUGGACUUUCCAUGGGCCUGGAGCUACUGGUCAGGCAGCUGCUAACUGGACAGCUGGCUUUGGCCGGGGUCCUACCCCUCCUACCUUGGUGGGCAUCCGACAAAAUACUACUCAUAGCCAGAUCAAGAGACUGCUGGUCUUAGAGGAGUUUAAAACAGAGAAGAGGAUUUGCAAGAUGUUUUACAUGAUCACCCUCCUAUUCUUGCUUCUUUGGUCUCCUUACAUUGUGACUUGUUAUUUACGUGUCUUCAUCAAAGCCAGCACAAUUCCCCAGAUUUAUUUGACCACCUCUGUCUGGAUGACCUUUGCCCAGGCAGGAGUCAACCCCAUUCUUUGUUUCAUUUUCAACAAGGAACUUAGAGUCUGUUUCAGAUCUCACUUCUUUUGCUGCCAAAGUAUCCAGAAUACUCAAGGCACAAUUCUGUGUGAUCUGAAGAACUUGGGGAUAUAAUUCAUUUUUCCUUAAAAAAGAAAAAAAGUUAAAAAUGUGUAUGCUUAUUCUGGCAUGUGCACUUGCUAAUGAUUAUCUAAGCAAACCUCUUGGCCUCAUCAAACCAAUAGGUUAAAAUAGGGUAUUUAUAUUCAGAUUUGGUCUGGGGGGUGGUCUUUUAUGUGUCUCUGGAGGGUAGGAAAGGGAAAAAAAACCCCCCAAACAAGACAGGUUCCAUUUUUUCCUCUGCUCUGAAUUUCUACAGAUAAUUCUGACAUGGAUUAAAGGCCAUAAUUUUUGUGUUAGUUUUUCUUCCCACUCUUCCCAAUUUUGAUAAAGGUUUAGCAAUUUUAUUCCUUAUGUAAAAUUUGAUAAAAGGUCAAAGCAAAAUUUUAUAGUAAAGUUAUUUUUUGAUGACUUCAGAAUCUUGUAUUAUUAUAUUUGUCUUUCAAGAGCAGUGGAGAUGGAGAAACUGAAUUGUGUCUUCUUUGUAGGGAGACUUGGGGCUAAUUUUGUUUCAGUACUUAAAGGUAACUUUCAGUACUUAAAGGUAACUUCCUAUCCUUGCCUGAAAAUAUGGAUACUGUCUUAUACUGAUUAUACUAGAAUCAUUAGGUCAUUUCCUGCUAACCUAAUGAACUUUGUGUCACCUAAUCUGAUGUAGAACUACUUUAAACUUUCUUGUUGUAUUGUUCCUUUGAUAGUGUUUCAGAAACUUAUGAAAAAUGGUAGUUUUAAAAGAAAAAAUGUCCAACUUUUAAAACUAUCAGGUUUUUAAAUUAUACUGACUUUCAUACUUUAUUGGCUUUAUAAGUUCUUAUCUACAAACUGGAUAACACUUGUGUAUUUCAACUGUUUUAAUAAAACACUCUCCAGUUUUUUGUACAUACAU